UUAAACUCACUGUUUUCUCUUUUUAGAUUCAUCUGCAUUUAUCCAGCAUAUUUGAAUAACAAGAAGACCAUAGCAGAAGGAAGAAGGAUACCUAUAGAAAAAGCUGUUGAAAAUCCCACAUCUACAGAAAUCCAAGAUGUAUGUGCAGCAGUUGGAUUUAAUGUUCUAUUAGAGAAGAAUAAGAUGUAUCCUAGAGAGUGGAACAGAGAUGUGCAGUACAGAGGUAGAGUACGAAUCCAGCUCAAACAAGAUGAUGGCAACCCAUGUCUACCUCAGUUUCCAACACGUGAGUAG